GACAAGCAACACUCAACUCUUGUCUGUGCAUGGACGACAAACGUAGGAACGUAAUAAAUCGGUGUCUCCUAGGAAAUAUUAUUGAUGUCUUAGGUACUUCAGGACGAGCACUAUAUUCAUUAUGUUGGGAAUAUGAACUAAAAGUAACGACGUGCAAUAAAGUAUACGUAAAAGAUGUUAUCAAGUAAGGUCCACUGUGGAACUCGGGUUGGCCAUGGAUGCUAAGGACUCGCGGGCUGAGGCAGCGCUGACGGAACGUAGCAACGAUGGCGGCGCGAAGUUCGCGCUCCAGUACGACAGGAGCAAGAGUCACGACGCCGCAGCGAGCGCAUUCAAGGGGGACACGGCGGGUGUGCGCCCGUGCGCCGUCAUAGGCCCCGACCGCGUCGUGCCACCCUCGCGGGAAGGCCCCAAGAAGACGCCAACCGAGCCAUGGCUCGCCCCCGACCCCAUCUACCGGCGCUUGCCUGAUUACACUUACAAGAUGCCCGACCACAAGGAUCCCACAAGAAACAUAUCACCACGACAAACAUUCCAAGAAAAUAUGCAGCGCAUUAUCAUGCCACCUGGAUAUAAUUCUACUAAACUGCAUGAAGAUUCCCCGUUUGCAUCCAAGAAUACAAAGUUGAAUGUGCCCACUGAGGUAAAGUAUUGUGAAGUGCCUUAUAAUAUUAAUCAAGUAAGUAGUGACCAAAAACAUAUUAGGAAUCCUGAUCACAGUGCAUCAAAUGUAAACCCAAUGCUUAUGAGAGGAGUUCCUCAUGGGUGGCCUGCGGGUAGUGUGCAUGUACGCCCACUGAGGACAUAUGGUGCUCCGGAAGUGCUGCCAUAUCCAGACUAUGUCAACUGUACUGGUCCCCGGCCAGUGCUUACCCGGACUCAUGAAGAACCACUGUAUCCGGACCCCUAUUACCAUGAGAACAACAUCCGCUUCAAACCCUAUCCCAACAUCAAGGAGAGAUACCCACAGAGCAGGUAUGAAUAUCUAGGAAAUUAUCCAAGUCCUUACCAUCCCCCCAAUCCCUUUGCUCAUAAAUAUGAAUUACCAAAGACUAUGCCGCCUCACUCAUAUCCUGGCUAUCCCCAAGUACCUAAAUAUACUGAGAGGAUACCUGAGCCUCUUAUGGAUAGUUACCAAAGGGCCCUCAGUCAACAAGGCAAUUAUGGUGUUCCCAUGCGUAACCCUGUUAUUCAUUCUUCUUAUAGACCUGUGCCUGGGAACCAUAUGCAAAAUAAAUUGAACCCAUACCCACUCGAUGCCCAACAUAAACCAGUUCCAAACAAACUGCCUUAUGACCCUGCAAGUAAGAUGUACCUUGAUUAUGAUACCCGUUCAAAGGCCAUGCCUAUGCCUGAUAAUUAUUACCUUAAUGAUGUGUCAAGGCCAUAUCAUGCUAAAAACACAAUUGUUGUACCAAAUUUAGCUUCUUCAAUGCAUGGAGUAAAUGCUCAUCCAUAUUAUAUAAAAGAGAAUAUGUCAUUAAAAAAUUUUGACUAUCCUCGAUAUAAAAACAUGGAUCCAUCUAUGAUAAAUCAUCCUCUAACAAAACUACCACCUCAGUUUUCCCCCAGUACCUUAGCAAUAUCACCAGCAGAUUCAAAUGCUAGCAAUGAAACAGCACUGACUCAUGGAACUUCUCAAGAAGACUGUGGAUAUGUAAGCCAAUCCUCAGUGACAAGUGUGAGAAGUAUAGAGAGUCUAAACAGAAUUCCAAUGGAUCCUUAUGGUAGAUAUGACUACAGAUAUGGUCCAAUAGUAAGAGCUUCCCCACCAACCAAACCAGAUCCCAGCAGUAGUCAAGGGUCAAAAUCUAAAAAAGAUAUAAGACAAUUUAUAUCAUCCUGGAGUGAAGGAGAUGAUGAAAAUGCUGAAAACAGUGCUAAAAGAGAUGGUGUUAGGAACAUCACUGAUGAUAAACAUACUUUUAGUAGGCAGUAUGAUAGUGUUAACAAUCAGGAACAACUCUAUGUCCUUGGAUUAGUCAAUGUUCCAAGUGAAGAGCUUAGCAAAUAUGAACACAUUCAAAAAGUAUCUAAAUUACCAGAAAAUAUUAAAGGCUAUAACAGUCUUGAAUUGCUCAAUCAAUUUGAAGAAGCUAUAGAAUCUUCAAAUAUUUCCAGUGUUAAACCUCCUACGCCAAGGACAAUACAAAUGCCGUUAAAAAGCAUUUCACACAAACAUGAGCCAAUACCUCGUGCUUUGUCACCAUUAGAUGUUGAAGCAAAAAUCAGUCAAUCUGUUAUUCAUAAAGAAGUUGGCUGUAAUUUCGAAAUUAAGCCAUGUAGCCCGAAAAUGUUGAAUGUCGAGGUGGCCACACCCAUGCAGAUGCUCAAUGAAAGAGUUAUUGAAAAAGUGGCUAAUCCACAUAAGUCACCUAUAAUAAUACAAGCAGUGGAUGACAACUUAGACCACACUUUACUGAAUAAAACAAUAAAAUGUCCCAUACCAAACACAGCAUCAAGUUGCAAAAUGAUAAGCAAUCAACAUCUAUCUAAUUCACCUACCAUUGAUCAUUUAAAAACAAGUUAUACUUUACAAGAUUUAGAAAGUAAUUCAGGUGUUUGUUUAGCUUCUUUACCCAGACUAGACACAGAUAUAGAAUUGAAUUUCCCUGAAGUAAAUCAACAAUUUAUUAACGCAAACAAAACAGAUUCGGUCAUAACUACAUCUUUCACUAAAGAUCUUCCUACCUUGGAUAUUGACCGGUCUGCUAUUGCCACUACUGAAUGUGAUAUGAAUUAUCAAUAUUCACCUAAAACUGAAACUGAAACAGAUUUUUCUCGAUUGAGCAAAUACAGAAAAUUAAAAAAAUGUGUUCCAGAUGAGAAUGAUACAGAACCAGCAAAAGUUCAAGCUACAAGAGUAGAUAGUGUAAUCAUAAAAAAUCCCGAUAACACAAGAAGUCUUGAAGAAAGCAAUGAUAAUUCUGGGAGCGGUUUUAAAGAUGACCUUCAAGAAUUUGCUAUGAAUUUAGUGUCUCAAACUAAAAAUACAAAACAACAAAAUGAUGUGGAUAAAAUGUUUGGCCCUUCCACCAACUCCACUAUCACUGGUAGAUAUGACGAUGUUAAUACUAAUUUACCUAGCACUUUUAUGCAUCAAACAAGUAAUUUAUCAAACAAACAUUUUAACGUGAAUGAAGACCGUAAUAAUUCUGUUCACGCACAAACAGAAGAUUGUAAUAUGCACAGUAAAGAUAUUUCAAACCAAUAUUUAGAAAAGGCUGCUUUGGACAUUCCAAUGAAUCUGUCACCGCAGGCAAGAUAUUCAAUGAUCGAGGUAGACGAAGAAUGCAGAAAUACUGAAAAGGGUGAUAAAACCUCUGUUUUAGAAGAGAAGCAUCAGUUUGCUGUAGGUAAUAUUUGCACGAAAAAACAAAUAAAUAAUGAAGAAAAUUGUAUUAGUGGUGUUAGUGUAGAAAAAACUGACGAUAUUUCAAUGGAUUCACAAAACGAUACAUCUGAUAAGGAAUAUUUUAAUACUCGUGAGAAGCCGCGUACGACUCCAAAUAACCAUAGCAAUAGCCUUACUACUGGGUUAAGCAAAGAAUGCGACAUACAAAAAGAUGAAAAAGGUAUUUCAAUUUCGCAUAUAGAGAAUCAAACUUCACUUUUUCCAAAAAUGGAAACUGAAACAAAUAAUUCCGUUUCACAUAUUGUGAAUCAAACUUCAUAUUCUCCAAAAAUUGAAAUUGAAACCGAUCAUUCAAUUACGCGUAGUGAAAAUCAAACUUUCCACACAACAACUGUAGAUUACAAUAAAGAGAAAAAAACUAUUCUAGAAAAUGAAGAAAAAGUUACUUUGAAUGAAAAAGCACUAGUUGCCAAUAAAAUGAGCAUGAUAGACUGCGGGGCAGACAUUUCGGAAAAUAAAAAUGAACCCAAAACCAUGUGCGAUAAAGUAAACAAUAAAGAUACGCUUUAUUUGUUGCAAGCGGAAAAUAAUAUCAUUUCAGAGCAGUAUCGCAAAAACUACGACAGUAUAACGUAUGUUCCCAAACUAAAAAGAAAGAAAUUUAGGGGUGAGGCCACUCAUCGAAAACGAAGUUACGAAAAUAAACCUGUAGACAUCGUUAAACACAAUAUUGUAAAAAGUAAGGAAAAACAGAAUUUAUUGUUUUGUCCCGAUAAAAAAGAAUCUGGAGGACAUCUAAUACAGAAUCAAGCCCAGAUUAUACCAGGAAACGUUAUAGCAGAAGAAAAUAUCAAAACACGGGUUCAUUUGAUGAAUAUAGAAUGUACGAACGUUAAUAAAAAUGGGCCUACAGAAACCGAAGCAAAUAAUGACGUUAUUGAGAACAUUUCGCAUAAUUUACCUGACGAUAUAAAUACCAAUAUGCAAGUUUCAUCGUCGCCUAUCAUAGACAAUCGUUUCGAAAAAAUAUGCGAAUCUGAGACGAAAUCACUACAAAAUAAUUUGUCUUUGGAUACUGAUAUUGACACCAAAAAAAUUAUUAAAAACUCUUAUUCGGCAGUGAAAAAUAAUCCAAUUUCGGAUAACCCAGUAGAAAGUCAAAGUAAGUCAAACAAAGUUGUUAAUAACGAUGCGUUAGAGUAUUCCAGUGAUUUAAUUGAACAAGAAGAAAAGUCUUUGGAGCACGCAAACGCGAGUAUUAAUUAUGAAGCAAAAGAAUCAAAUACGCAAAUAAUGUACCAUCAAGAUGAAACUCAAUCCCAAAAUCAAUCAAUAGACAUUAAUCUUACGAACAAAGAUUUCGAUCCACUGGUUAGUUCUGAUAUAAAAGAAGAAACAAUAAAAAAUUACACUAUGAGCUGUGUUACGAAGAAAGUGGAUAUGCUCAAUGUCACUGAUCAAUGUGUAGAACACGGUGUAGAAUUGAAUGUAAUGAAAAGUACUUACUUUGAAAAUGAAAACAUAAAUACUACCACUAACGUACAGAAAACCGAAUAUCAAUCGCAAAAACUAGAAAAUGUUGAAUGUAAAAACGAAGGCCUACAUCAUGAUAUCCAAAUGCUUAUUAAUAGAGAUAAUUCCGUCGUGACAGUCUUCGAACAUGAUAUUCAAAAGAACUUUUGUCAAGACGAAACAAAAACUAAAAACGUCCCGGCGUGUCAUGGAUUUGUUAAUAAAGAGCUUUUUUCGUCUCGUUUUCAGAACUUACUUUUUUACAAUGAAAAUUUCGAUACCUGUUUUAAUACUGGUGAAUACAAGAUAAUUAAUAAACAACCUACCAUGGAUAAUAGUUUUAAUACUGGUGAAUACAAGAUAAUUAAUAAACAACCUACCAUGGAUAAUAGUGUAUGUGAUCAUAUGGCCAAUAGUCCAAAAACUGAUGAAGUUGAUAUAAAUAUUGAAAAUAAAAUUGGUAGUGAUCAAAAUAUUAGGGAUUUGGAUUCGUCUGAUCGAAUCGAAAAAAUGGAUGAAGCCGCUACGAGUGAGGAAUGUGGUAACGGAAAUCUUGGUGAAGAAAAUAUAUUUGACGUCACUUCUUUGGAAAAUAACAACAUAAGCGAUGGUCUUAAAAACGAGGAUAAUCUUAACAAAAAUUGUAUUCAAAACGAUAAAGAAAGUACUAUGCCAUCGCCAGAAACUCAAAUAAAAAGUUUUGAUAAAAAUGUUAUGCAUACUGUCACAGAUACAGUUGAAAAAUCGGUGGGUAGUUCAGUUUCUAAGUCUUCUUGCCAAGAAAUAGAUAUAGCAUGGAGAAAAGAUUUAGAAAACAAAAGUGGUAAAUGCAAAUCAGAUAUACAAUACACAAAUAAAGAAACUUUUUCAGAAUCGGUGGACAACUCCCGUUAUAAGUCAUCUGGCGUAGAAAUCGUUGAUGAAUGUGUAAACAAUUUAGAAAACGCCAAUGACACAUGUACAAAUAAAGAAACGUUUCCAAAAUCAGUUGACGAUUCUGGUUAUAAGUCACCUUGCCAAGAAAUGGACGAUGAAUGUGUUAAGGAUUUAGAAAAUAAUAAUGGUGACUCAGAUUUACAAUUAAUUAAUAAUGUCGAAAGUGAUGCUUGUGCCACUAAUAUUAUAGUCAUUGAUAAUUCUAUAAGCGUGACACCAGAACACUGUAACGAGUACAGUAAAAUUGGUACACCUGUCGAGAAUGAGUUAGAUAAAAAACUUGAAUCUUUCGUUGAAAAUUUAAGUACUCGGCCGCGUUUUUCCCUCAAAAGAUCACUAUCUGACUCUGCUUUAAAUGCCUAUGAUGAUGACGGUGACGAGUGUCCAUCAAAAAGAUGUAUGUUUCCCAAGAGGCGGAAAAAAAUCUGUGACAUCAGCAAAAUAGACGAAUCCCAUUUGCUGAACAUAAUUCAAAGUAGUAGAAGAAAUUCUGUGUCAACACUUAGCAACGAAAAUUUUUCGUUUUGCAUACUGAUAGAUGACCAUUGUAUUGUCUCUGAUGAAAAUUAUGAACAAGAAAAUUAUAUGCAGUUUGAAAACAAUUUCUCAAACCAUUCGCUUAAAGAUCCUGUAGUGGAUGAAAAGAGUACAUCUCUAGCGUAUAACUUAGAAGACCAGAACGAAAAUACUUCUGACACAUACAUAACCAAAUAUGAAGAAGAAAAAAUUUGGGUCGAAGACGUUGGCUGUGAAGAAACUAUUGAAACCGAGGACAUCGCAGAAAAUAUCGUUAUUGGUGAUCCAACUUCUCCAAAGGAUACGGAUUUAACCGAUUAUGAAUCGGACGAUGAAGACAUGGAUACCUUAAGUAAUGAAGACGCAGAUCACACGAGCAAAGUUAAACACAUAUAUGGCGAUAACAUGUGCACAAAUGAUGCUCAAUUAGUUGACGCAUUGUACAGAACGCCUCAAAUGGAUGUUAAUAAAAAACUAAUGGAUAAGGAAUCUCAUAUAACCGAGAAAGGUAGUAAAUAUUAUGAUAGCGAUUCAUUAGAAAUGUUAUUAGCUGAACCUGUUGACAAUAUCCCUCGUGCGGUUACAGAGUCAAACAUAAGCUCUAUUAGCCUACCGAACCGGCAGGGACCUGAGGCAGGCACAAUGAACAAAGAAAACCUGAAUUCAAAGUGUUUACAAGUUCCCUCACCUAUAAAUAAUAUACUGACGAUUGACGCUAUCCCAAAUGAGGAGUAUAUAGAAUCGAUAAAUAAUGAUACGGAGCCAUCUGCUGAUAAUAAUUGUGAUGAUACUCAGGACGGUACAAUACACUCAUGUGAGUCAAGUUUAGACAAUGUUUUCUCUUACGUUGAUAAAAGGAACAGUAUACAUAAAACUUCUAGUUCACCCGAAGUUUCGUCUACUACAUCUGAAGAAAAAAAUUCAAGUUUAUUACUUAAAAUUUCUAAUUUCAAAGGUUCACGAAUAUCUGAAGUAAAAAACUUAAGUUCCGAUAAGCAAGAAUACAGUAGCUGUAAACGUACUACCAACGAAUAUUUUAAACCUGAUUACAGCCAUGGUACCGCUUCAAAGCGACCAUUGCUCACUAAAGCUGCUCAAAAAUAUAUUCCCCCGCUUAGGGAGUCUAUUCCUGAUCUAAAAGUAAAAUUGGCUUUACCACAACAAAGUCUACUGAAGUUGCAAAAAAAUAAAGUAGCCAAAGAAGAACCAAAGUUUAGCACUCGGAAUAUUUAUAGUGAUAAUAACAAUAUUAAGCUAAAAAAAGAAAUCCCAAAGAAAAUUAAACCUAAAUUUGAAGAUGUUCUUAAAAAUAUUGAUGAAGCUCAGUUUCAAAUGCACAAGGCAAAGACUAAAAAAUCUAAAAAGUACAUUCCCAAGGUGGUUAUAAAAAAGUCCGAAAAUGGUUCACAUUAUGCCAGUACAAAAGAAGGAUUUAAUCCAGAUUUGACAGGGAGGAAAUGGCAGCCAUGGGUAUUUAUUGAAAAAAAUAAAUUUAUUGACAACAUGGCACUCAGGAACAAGACAAGGGCUGUGUUCAGUCACAGAAGGAAGUCCUUUGUCUUGGCUGAGAAGUUUUGCAAGUACAAAUCAAUUAGUACUGCAAAAUUUGUCAUAUCCCAACCCAAAUUAAGCGAUUUUUCUACAGGAAAUCUAAAAUACACAAUAAAAUUGAAACAUAGGUAGCUACUAAAGUAAGUAUGUUUGGAACUGGUUUUUCAGGGUCUGCAUUACAAAUGUAUCUGCACAUCCAAGACUGGAGCCCACCCAAAUUAACAUUCCUUCGAUUCCAAAUAAUUUUAUUUAGUUAGGAUGUCAACAGUUUAGUUCACUACCUUGUGACAAAGCCAAAUUUUCUACAGUGUGAUAUGAGAAAUAAAAUUAUGUAGGUACUGUAUAAUAAACUUAUUAGGAGUGCAAUUUGAUCUGAUCUGUAAUUUGUUACUGUAUUACAAAGUUUAUUAAAAUUGUUUUUAUUAAAGUCAUUCCAUUUUAUAGCAGAAUUAUAAAAAUAUAUAUAUAUCUGCACUUAGCACUUUAUAAGCCAUAAAUUAGUAUUAAUUGUUUAUUUAUUGUCAUAACUUAAUAUUGUUUUUAUUAAAAUUUAGUAAGUUAUAUUUAUAUGUAUAAAGGUUUAGGUUUGUUAAUAAGUACUGUUUUAUGAUUGUUUAGUGUUGCAGGGAUUUGUUUCAUAAACAUUAAAUAACACUUAGUGCAAUACGAGUAUAAACCUUAAGGUUGCUCACAGAUAAAAACCUACCUACACAGUCAUAAAUAAACAACAUGGCCAUGUUGAAUUUUUUUAAUAAUUUCGUUAUGACGGUACUGUCUAACAUGAAAUCGUAAUUUUAAUAUCUACUUGUUAUUUCUACUAGAAAUAUUAAGUUAUUGUUGCACGUAUUUAUAUUUUAACUUCUACUAGUAAGUAGGACACGUUUGCCGGCGGUUUGCGAUAUAACUUCGAACCGUAUGAUUUGGUAGUAGGUCCUAUAGCCAGGGCAUUGGAUACCGCCGGCGAACGUGUUAUACGAAACGGGCUCGCCGAAAAUGGGGUUUGAAUUUUAUAAUAAACAGGUCAUUUUCAUGGGACACCGGUAAACAAAUAUUAAUCAUAUACUAAGAUUGGUUAAUUGUGAAUGAAAUGUGAACUAUCUACUACUGUAUAUAAAAAUUAGGAUGUAAUUAUUAAUAUGACCAAACAACCUUUGUUGAUAUGGUUAACAAUUGCUCACGUAAAUUCUAAGCACCAUUUUAAUAUAUGUGUAUUGCGAGAAAUAGGUGUUACUUAGGCUCAAGUACAAAGAGUGCGUACUGCUGUUAUUGAUGUCCUAUACUGUAUUGUGUAUUUAUAAACAUUAUGCUUGUUGUCGUUUAAUGUUGUCUGCAAUGUUGAUUUAAACGUUGUAGUAUGUUACAACGGCAUAGUGUAAUGAACUUUCAGCGUGAAAUAAGCAGAACCAAUACUCAGACGUUAUAUAUAUAUUGGAAAAUGAACUAGCUUUUUCUAUGAAAUAUUUUUAUAUUGCUCUGUUUCACGCUCUUCUUGCGAUCGAGCGAUGUAUUUAAAUUUUAAUAUUUGAUGGGAUUUGCUUAACCCGUAAUUUCCUAAUGUUGUCCUUAUUAAAAUCAAGUGCCUGAUAUAUUUUGUUUGCAGUAACGUAAUAUUAUAUAUUAUGUAUUUUGAAAAUACCGUAUACUCGCAUACAUAUGCUGCAGUGCCUUUAACGUUUGAGCUAAAAUUUUACACCACCGUAAAAUGCGGAGUACCUAAUAUUGUAAUGUAAUUACAGUGUGUGUAUAAUAUACACAGACACUUCAGAAAAUGGUGUAUUUACUGAUCUCAUAAUCAAGGCACUCGCCAUUUAAACGUUUUAUCCUGAUUGUGCCUAUUAAAAUAAAAUGAUACACUAUUUUUAUAUUGUGUACAGGGUGUUAAAUAAAUAUAUACCAAAUAAAGUGCUUUUAUUAGAGUCCUGCAUACAUUGUAGUAUCAACCGCCGUCUCGUAUAUUGUAGAAAUUAGUUGUUAAGCAUGUAUAUUAAAUUUAAAAUUAAUUUUCCUUGUAUUGAGUGAGUGAUGCUCAUUUGUAUAGUGGUUUGAAACGGUUUUAUAUAUUAUAAAUAUAUUUAUAAUAACCUAUUUUAGGCUAAAUGUUGCAAAACUGGGGUAAUUUUAUGAAUACUUACGAAAUGUACAAAAUAAAUAAGUAUGGAUAUGAAUGAUGUGCUAUAGAUAUCUGCAUAAUUUACAAGAUGUUUUGAUAGUUUUGAGGCUGUUCUAUUUAAAAGCAAAUUCAUGGUUCCUGUGGGACAGUCCGACUGAUUACGCAUGUUGGUUCUUUUACUAUUUGCUAUGUCACGUACGUUGUUGAGUUUUGUAUAUUUUUUUCUAUAUCCUAAAAAAAUCUUUGUAGUUUCGCACUAUUGAGUGGACUGUUUGAGAGUUUUAUUUUACAGCACUGUUGGUAAUUGUUAUAUUUUAAGCGAAUAGUAAGUUUUAUUACAUUAAGGGUUAUGGAGUAAGUUAUAAGAGAACGUAAAAUAUUUGUUUUGCGUUUAAUGUUAAAUGCAUAUCGUUUAAUGCCAGUAACGCACGUGAUAGUGUUUCGUGAUAGAUGUAAACCAAAAGGCGCGCGCUCGCUCCGCGGGGCGGUCUGUUGCGGGGAGCAGUGCGCUAUUUGUUAAAGGGAAUAUUAAGUUUUCGAGUGAAACCUAGUUUUGAGAAUUGUUCUAAUAUUGACCAAAUAAAUGUGUUCUAAAUAAAAA